GGAGCGGCGUCAACUUCACCCAAUCGCGCUUCGGCCCCGUCCCCGUGACGUCACGCUGCGGGAAGCCUUCUACCCUUUUUGUACCCGCCCCAUCCCCCCAGAGCUGCAGCCUCUGAGAGCUCGCGUUGUGCUGUCUGUCUACUGCUCACCGGCGCCAUGUUAGGAGCUGUAGGACGCUGCUCCGCUGGGGCUAUCAGGGCCCUGAAACCGGCCUCCAGCCCGAUCCAGCUCGGCCAGAACCUGCUUAGGAGCUCCCCGGCGGCACUGCACUCCCGUAAGUGAGCGGACGGCGCGCGGGGUUGCCUGGAGAGCUCGUGACCUAUCCAUGUCAUUGAAUGGCGGGUAGGCCGCGGCACGCGCCCGCCAGGCCCCAGCUUGCCUCCUAUACCCUAUACCUCCCUUCCACACACCGCGCGCUGCCUCGCUCCCCGGGUAAUACACUGUGUGUUCCAGGCCGGCCGGGACACCCGCCCUGCGAGCAUGCCGAGCUCGGAGUCUGCGACCUUGUGCUGCCCCAGGGCCAUUCUAUGGACAGCCUGUCUCACUGCUCGAACUCCCUGCCAACUCUGACAUCGGAUAUAGGCUCUAAUUCUACCCCCUCCACAAUACUGACAUGUAUGCCUUUAUUACCACAAUACUGACAUGUAUGCCUUUUAUUAUCAUGUCAGGAGAGCUGUCUCCUUAAUGGGAAUCUAAUGCUUGCUGCUCAGCCUCAAAGGGACACUCCAGGUACCCAGACCAAUUCUGCUCAUUGGAGUGGUCUGGGUGCCAACUCCCACUACUAUUAACCCUGCAAGUGUAAUUAUUGCAGUUUUUUAUAAACUGCAAUAAUUGCCUUGCAGGGUUAACUCCACCUCUAGUGGCUGUCUGUGAGGCCCUCCAGCGUUGCUCAAUUCCCCAUUGGAAAGCGUUUUUAAUGCUUUCCUAUGGAGAGCUCUAAUGCGUGACAUUGCUGCAUGCGCUUUCGUUUUCCUCAGCUGGCGGGAUAAGUCUCGUACACCGGCUGUCAUAAUCACAGGGAGGAGCAGCGGCGAGCAGAAACCCCCUCUCGGCAGGGUCUCAUGUAAGUGACCUGAAGGGGUUUUCACCCCUUCAGCUACUGGGGAUUGGGAGGAAGAGGGGACGUGCAGUGCCAGGAAAAUGGAUUGUUUUCCUGGCACUGGAGUUUCCCUUUAAACUUGUAAACCUUAAGCUAUGUAGUAAGCAAGGAUUACUUUAUUUUUUAUUUUAUUUUUUUGGACCUUGUUUUUCUUGUAUUGCUAAAACAGCUUGAUUACUGUAAACGCUGUGUCAAAAAAUUUACGAUGAUAUAUAUCAUGUUAUUUUUUUCAAUUUACCUUGACCAUUAAUAUCUGCUUGACUUUAUGUUUAGUUGUCAAAUAGAAUAAGCCCUCUAGUUCCCUCUAGCUACAAAUGGGUGGUUUCUGAAUUGCAUAAAUGGUCACUUAUCAGUUGCAUUGUUACUUUACCAGUACUUUGGCAUGUAGAAAGUUGAGUGUAACUGCCCUUCUAACAGUGCUAAUUUUUUUUUAAAUUUUUUGUGCGCUUCUACACCAGAAUUGGCUAUUCACUUUUUCAUGUUUUUGUUUUUAGGGAGAGACUAUGCAGCACAGACAGCCACAGCAGCCAAACCCGGCGUAGCCACAGGACGCAUUGUGGCAGUUAUUGGUGCUGUUGUGGACGUUCAGUUUGACGAAGGGCUACCACCCAUCCUAAAUGCUCUCGAGGUUCAGGGAAGGGACACCAGGCUGGUAUUGGAAGUUGCUCAACAUUUGGGUAAGCUGCAGUCUCUAAAAAAAUAAAAUGUAUGUUCCGAGACUAUGGAGUGGAAUAGUCCUUGUACUCUUUUCCUUCAAUGAUGAUUUAAAUCUUGACUUUCGUUCUUCUGAGUAUUCUGAAGCCACAUAUUUGUCUGAGAAGGAUCUGUCUGCAUCAACUAGAGUAGUUUAUGGUUAUUUGCCAGCUUCACCAUAGCAUUUACUAAUUUCAGGUGAGAAUACUGUACGUACCAUUGCUAUGGAUGGUACAGAAGGCUUGGUGAGAGGGCAGAAGGUCCUUGAUGCUGGCACACCAAUCAGAAUUCCUGUUGGUCCUGAAACGUUGGGAAGAAUCAUGAAUGUCAUUGGUGAACCAAUUGACGAAAGAGGCCCUAUUACAACAAAACAGUGAGUAUUUGCUGUAACACUAAAACUGUGUGGUAGGCUUGAGUCAUUAGGCAUGUCUUUUUGAUUUUGCAGUGGUUCCUUUGUCUUGGCAAGGGAUAAAUUUAGUUCUUAAAGUGACACUCCAGGGUCCUGGAAAAUGUUUGGUUCUCUCCUUUUCACAGAUUGUGAUCCAGUGACCCAGGAGUGCACUAUGGUGAGUUACAGCUAAUGCCUUACAUGGGUAACACCUCUUUCUUUAGUUCCUGGUGCUUCAUCAAAAGCGAAUCCCACAUCAGUGCUAUACUAGCACACGUGCUAGAGUACAACACUGUCUACAGAGCAUCCCAGUGCACAAGCCUCAAUCAAUAUUAUCUUGUCAUGGGAGAGAUAAUGCCUUCUUACCACUGCUGCUGUUAUUGAUGGCUGGGGAAAGUGAUCAAUGUAUGGCGGUAGCUCUGCCUUUUGUCAAGCAGAGGACCUUAAGACAAAGUAGUCCAUAAUUUAUCUUGUAUCUUUUGGCUACAUUGGAAUUUCCAUGAAAUUCCAACUCUGAGCACUUCAUAAAGAUUUUUAUUUGUAUAACCUGCUCAAAUAUCUUAUUUUCUUGUGUGCUGCUUUAAUGCACAUUAAAGUAUACCAGUCUUUGAAAAUACCUUGGUAUUUGUCAGCAAGUGUGAUUAAACAUUAUUCCAGAAAUGCAAAUUGGUCAUUCUUCUAUAUUUGAAGAAUGUAGACUGCAUGCAGCAUUGCAUGUGACAUGGUCAUAUGGUAGUUGCUGAGAUCUAUUGGGUUUUGGAUACAUUUUUAUUCUUGUGAAAUUAUACCACAGCCCCUUUAGAACCCGCGGUGACACUCACAUGUUAGACAUUAUAACCACCAGAACAACUACACUUUUUUUUUUUUUUAAAUGUUCUGAUGUCUAUAGCUUGUACAGUCUUUUCAAUGAAAGGGCAGUGUGUAGCUGCCUACUAGCACCUCUAGUGGCAGUCACUCACAUGACCACUUGAGGUGCUACCUAGUCCACUGCUGCACUAGCAUUUAGCGGCUCCACUCUACAUGGAGGUGCUUAAAGGGAAAUUCCAGUGCCAGGAAAACAAUCAGUUUUCCUGGCACUGCAGGUCCCCUCUCCCUCCAAUCCCCGAUUGCUGAAGGGGUGAAAACCCUUUCAGUAACUUACCUGAGGCGCUCCUCUGCAUUGCGUCAGCCAGUGGACGAGACUUAUCCCGCCAACCGGCCAGGGAGACCUAAUGCGCAUGCGCGGCAUUUCCUAUGGGGAAAUGAGCAACGCUGGAGGUCCUCACAUAGCGUGAGGACGUCCAGCGAUGCUCUAGCACAGGUUUAUAAAAAUUGCAAUAAUUACACUUGGAGGGUUAAGAGUAGUGGGAGCUGGCACCCAGACCAGUCCAAUGGGCAGAAAUGGUCUGGGUGCCUGGAGUGUCUCUUUAACGUUCCCCAUAGAGAUGUAUUGAUUCAGUGCAUCUCUAUGAUGAGUUGCUGAUUGGCGCUGUGUAGCCUAUUGUCUACAAUGUGCAAUAGUUUUCCAAUGCUUUCCUAUAGAAAAAGCAUUGGAUUGGCCGAGAUUAGAAACAUUGGUCUCCACCAUGAAGGUGGUAUGGCAGAACAGGUAACGGUUUGCGUAUUUGUUAUUUAAAAAAUUGUAAUCUCUUUGAUCUGAGGAGCUAAACAAUUUAACACUAUUAAAAAUACAUGUUUCUUUUCUAUAGUGUUCCUUUUAACCCAGAUAAAUCUUGUUUUUAAAGAUUUGCUGCAAUCCAUGCAGAGGCCCCAGAGUUUGUGGAAAUGAGCGUUGAGCAGGAAAUUCUGGUUACUGGCAUCAAAGUGGUAGACCUGUUGGCUCCAUAUGCUAAAGGAGGAAAAAUUGGUAUGCAAUUAUAUUUAUUCUCUUAACAGUCAAAUGUAAUCUUAUUUCUGAACACCAUUUACACUUAUAUACCCUAUGCUACUGCAUAAUCAAUCUGUAUAACAGAAGUGAUAAAUAUACAUUUUAAUGUUUCUUUCAGUGAUUUCACUUGACUUUCGUUCUUCUGAGCAAUCUGAAGCGACUUGUAAAACUUGAGGAAACCGCUUGUAACUUGAAAAUGACGUUGUCUGUUGGGGCUGACCUAACACUAAUUUUCUUUUUCAGGCCUGUUUGGUGGUGCUGGUGUGGGUAAAACUGUACUCAUCAUGGAACUGAUCAACAAUGUAGCCAAAGCCCAUGGUGGUUAUUCUGUGUUUGCUGGAGUGGGAGAACGAACCCGUGAAGGAAAUGACUUGUAUCAUGAAAUGAUUGAGUCAGGUGUCAUCAACCUGAAGGACACAUCUUCAAAGGUGCAAUUCUCCUAAAUGUUUAUAAUUUUGAAGGCCAGUCAGUGUCUCAGGAUGUGCUAGUAAGUUAUUUAAAUGUCAUGGACUCCUAUAUGUUCUAAAGUGGUGGUUUGCAUCCAUCUUUAGGUAGCACUAGUAUAUGGACAGAUGAAUGAGCCACCAGGUGCCAGAGCUCGUGUAGCUUUGACUGGACUGACUGUUGCUGAAUACUUCAGAGACCAAGAGGGACAAGAUGUGCUGCUAUUCAUUGACAACAUUUUCAGGUUCACCCAGGCUGGCUCAGAGGUAAGACCAAAUGCCUAACUUGACCAUACAAAGCUCUUGUCUUAAAGGAAUACUUUAAUGUUAUGCCCAACACUAAAGUGUCCCUCUGCCACUCUUCCGCCACCUAUGAAAGAAUGGUUCAACUUAACACGUAAAUAUGCAUGUGUUUGUGUUCUUCCUAUGCCAAUGGCAUAUGUCUUAAACAGCCCUUUUUUUAAUAAAAUGUAAACUGUUUAUGAUCAUGUAUAUUGCAAUUUAUCCUGCAUAAAACUUGUCACUCUUUUUUAACAGGUGUCUGCCUUGCUUGGUCGUAUCCCUUCAGCUGUCGGUUAUCAACCAACCCUGGCUACUGAUAUGGGUACCAUGCAGGAGAGAAUUACUACCACAAAGAAAGGAUCUAUCACUUCUGUGCAGGUGUGUUACUGGACAUAUCUUGUGUGUGUGGUUUUUUUUUUUUUUUCUUGCCUACCAUGAUGAGUAAAUUUGACUUUCGUUCUUCUGAACCUGCUGAAGCCAUUUAUUGUUUCUGAGAAGGCAAUUCAUGAAGCAUGCUUGUUUGCGUUAGAAAAAAUAAAAACUAAACUUUUUUUUUUUUUUUUUUUUUCAUAGGCCAUUUAUGUGCCUGCUGAUGACUUGACUGACCCUGCUCCUGCAACCACCUUUGCUCACUUGGAUGCCACUACUGUGUUGUCUCGUGCCAUUGCAGAGUUGGGUAUCUACCCUGCUGUCGAUCCCCUGGAUUCUACCUCCCGUAUCAUGGAUCCAAACAUUGUAGGAAAUGAACAUUAUGAUGUUGCUCGUGGAGUACAAAAGAUUCUGCAGGUAGAUGGUUAGACAAGCAAAACCGCCCAAGCGUCGUACUUUUUUUAAUUAAGUAUAACUGGUGUCUUUUAAAACUUUGUUUCAGGAUUACAAGUCCUUACAAGAUAUUAUUGCUAUCUUGGGUAUGGAUGAAUUGUCAGAAGAAGACAAACUGACUGUAGCAAGAGCCCGUAAGAUUCAACGUUUCCUGUCUCAGCCAUUCCAGGUUGCUGAAGUGUUUACAGGGCAUGCUGGUAAACUGGUCCCACUGAAGGAUACCAUCAAGGGAUUCCAACAGAUUCUUCACGGUAAAUUAUGCUUGGGCACUUCAUUUUAGCUAUUCGAAAUUAGCUCUGCAAGGAGAGCAUGCAGGGGACUUCUGCUUUUUAAUGUGAAGUAGUAAUGUUGAUUAGCAUAGCUAGGUUUUAAAACCUGACUUUGUAUUUUGUGUAGUAACUUGCUUGGUUAAAAAUAAAUGACCUUCAAAUUAUUCUGUCCUACAGGAGAGUUUGAUCACCUUCCAGAACAGGCAUUCUACAUGGUUGGACCUAUUGAAGAAGCUGUAAUAAAGGCUGAGAAACUUGCAGAAGAGCACUCUUAAAGACUAAUUUCCCUGUUCCAAAAGCACUCAACACCUUCGUCAUAAAAGUAACGCUUGAAGCCUGUUUCUGUAAUGGAUCAUGUUGGCUAAGUGUAUUUAAAGUUUUCAAUAAAACAUCUCUGUAAAAAGACCUGACACAUGGUGUGCUUUGUAGUCCCUUUACCAUUUCUCAAUUGCUGUACUACUGGUCUUGAUCUAAAUACUAGAAAAUGUUAUUUUGAGUUUUUGCGCAGUAUUGACUGUUAUGGCCAGACAAACUUGGUGUCUCCUGUUUCCUCUGUAGAUGGGCACUUAAAAUCCUGCACAUUUUUGUUUUUAGUAUAAAUAUGUAAGGGGAAACCUGUUUUGUGUACAAACUUGGCACAAUAAAAAAGUAUGCUGGGAUUGUAAUGUUGUAAAUAUUUUGUGAAUGUACAUGGUUUCGACACAUCUCUUGCAGCACUCUCUAAACUUGACAUUUUUUGGUUAAUCGCAAAACACUACUCUGAUGGGAAU